GGGUUCGGGUUCGUCGAUCUGUCUGCGCCUCGGACAUCGCGACUAGUUCAAAUCGGCAACACUCCAAUGUAGACAAGCUGCCGAUGAGCUUAAUGGGUCCCUUAAGCGCUCGACUGCCUGAUGCAUUAAAGAUGGACUCCAACUCCAACACCGCAAAGGUACCUUGACCCAGGUCACAUACACUUGCACCUCAAUUUACUCCAAGCGCUGCCGCAGUGAACAUGCGCCGCGAUGCAGUUCGAGAAGUCACUUUGCUUGACAGAACAAACGUCAUGCGCGACCUCACCGGCACAUGCACGUCCACCUUGUCCGCACAGAAGAUCGCCGCGCCCGUCAAUGACAUAGCCACUUAUACAGUGGUUGACGAUUCAUCCGGAUUGUCUUGCAAAUCUUGGGCGCAUCAAACGCGCUUUUCCCGAGGUUCGACACCGACGCCUCUACGCGAAAGGCCUUGCGUUGGCAAAUAUCAUUGGGCUCACAAAGGGUCGGCUUCGUGCAGUCGUGUCAGGCGCAUUUCAGCCCAGUACUGUCCCAAGUCGUGUCCCAAGUCGUGUCCGACGAGCGCAACCUCCUGUGGUGCUGCACUGCUGUAAAUUAGCUUCGUUCGACACCGCCUGAAACCUGCACGAUGCGUCGGGAAGGGGUGGUUCAGAGAAUGGUCGACGUCCGACUCGGAGGAAGCCAGGAGGAUGCGCUUGACCCGUCCUGAAGUCAUACCAAAUGCUAUAUAAGAGCCUGCGAUUCUCGAGCACCAUCACCUCCGC